AUGAGCCUGAGUCCCCAGAGUCUGGUAAAUGUCAACGUCGAGCCCCCUCCGCUUGAAAUCGAACCGCUUAUAAUCUCAGGGCCCAGCGGUAACCGCGUCGACCUGGUCUUCUUCUCCGAUGGCUAUCUUCUCAAAGAGCGUGAAAAGUUCAUCGUGGAUGCAAUGCGAUUGGCGGAGGAUGUUUCCAAGAACCAAACUUUCAACACCGUACAGCCAAUACUCAAUUUCUGGGCCGCGUUUACUCCUAGUCAAGAGAGUGGUGUUGGUGUAGGUGGAAAGCCUAAGAAUACCACAUACGGCCUCUAUCGCCCCGGAACCGAACUUCGCGGAGUCUAUUAUGCAAAACCAGAGGUGGCAGGAGCUGCGUGCUCCUCCAUGGGAGACCAAUGUGAUUUCCCGAUUUUACUAGGAAAUGAUCCAUUGUAUGGGGGUCUUGGUGGCAGAUACACUGUCAUCACGUCAUCAAUUGCCAACGGACCCUCGAUUCUGCGCCACGAACUUGGUCACUCUAUCAUUCCCGUUGGAGAGGAAUAUGAUGGGGGUGAAGUAUACCGCGGUGUAGAUGCUUAUCACGACUUGAGCCAACCUGUUCCGUGGGCUCAUUGGCUUACGUACCCGCAAGAGGAUGGCCAGCCUCUUCGCGUUGAACGAUCCGUUAUGCCUCUUCAAGACUAUGCCUGGUCUAUGCUCAACACAUCAAAGCCCUGGUCAACCGAAUUCGUUUCAUCAGGAACGUUUUCGCGCCACCUUGUCCGGUUUUCGCUCUCGGGCCUUUUGGAGAGUUCCGACCUCACGGUAGAAUUAGAUGGUGUUGAUCUCGGCUGGGUUCCCAAAGAAGGAUUGGGCGUAGAUCGAUGGCAUUACGAUGUCUAUCGAGACAAUGGCUUGGCUGGUGGUACUCAUGAGGUCAAGUUUACACUUCUCAAUAUGGACAGGGAAGGUUUGGCUCAGUUGUGCAACGUGGAAAUCUUGGAAUUCGGUGACGAAAAUGAGUUCAUCGCGACACCGAAUUAUUACGGUGUAUUCCCAACCUACUCCGUCACGAACAAGACUUCCUACCGCCCUACCAACGAGGACUGUCUCAUGCGGCUUGUCACGACUUCUGGCUUCUGCAAAGUCUGCUUGGAAGGCCUCUGGCACGCAUUGCUGUCCAAGGUCAGCUUAAUCGAUAGCGUGACCGAGGGCUGUUCUGGGAAAUCCAAGUCACUCAGCGUCGAGUUGAUUCCUUUGGCCCAAUUCAGACAAGUGCCGAUUGGAUCGACCGAAAGCUAUACUAUCACUUGGUCCAGGGACGGAGAGGUCAUCCAAGAAUUCACCAAUAAAACAACUCUUAUUGUGGACGACGACGCCGGCGUGACUUAUAUCGUGACAGCGAAAUACUCUACUACAGAAGUGAUAGUGGACAAGGAAGGCCAUCUGGUCGAUAGUAUGGAAUAUAUGGUUACAGACACAUGUGCACACUGA